AUGGCUACAAGGCCGAUCCUUGCCGAAAUUGCCUUCUCCAAUUUUAUAGCAGAGGCUCGUCCUGGAGAAGCUAGGAAAACUCAACGAACGUUCAGUGUUCGAGCACCUAUAAAGAAACAAGAAAUACGAACUGUUGUCACGGAAUCAACAUCUGCAAAUAUUUUACUUGCUGACUCAAGUGGUCAGGAUUGUACAGAUAUAGAAAUUGUUUGA